AUUAUUUUCAGCGCUUGAGGUCUGUGAAAGCCAUGCCUGACAGUACCGCCCCGAGUGGGGAAAUCACUCUUGGCUUUCUCCAAAAGAGAAACCGCUUUUAUGGAUGGAACAAGCGACUCUUCUCGGUUAACCAUCUGGGGUUUGCAAUGCUGAUGAGUGAGCGUGAUGGCAAGCUCUCGAAGCAUGGCGAUGUGGCCGAGAUCGACCCGUCUGCGUGCUUGCUGUUCAAACGAAAGCUGCUGAUCGAGUUUCAUGCUAUCAGCGCGGUUACCACCCAUGGACAGAAGGACUUUGCGGUAACAUCGACCACCGGGACCAUAGUACUGCGUACGAUGUCGACCCGAGACCGUGACAAGUGGGUGGCCGUGAUCCGCUCGGCGGUAGCAAAGCAUGACGGCCUCAACAGCCAUUCUGCUAACCGUGCAGAUGAUAAGAAUACCGAGGCAAGUGCCAUGCAUGCCCGCCCGACGACGGCAUUUAGCCCUGGAGACGAGUCGUUGGAUCAUUGUGAUGCUGAGAAGCUGCCUGAUGCUGUUGUCCCUCAGCAGAACAAGGCUGCUGGUAUCGGUCAGGAUCGUGCCCCACAGAACAACCAUCACUUGGAUAUUGGCGGAUUCCAAGACAACGGCGACUGGAUGCAACCGUCUGGUGCAGCUGGAGCGCCUCAGGUGGCACUAGCGACUGACAAGGUGUCGCUCAGAGAGCAGCACACUGAUUCAACAGGGAAUGUGCCUGAGUCAACUGCUCUUGGGUUCCUUGGCAGCGGCAAUAGCAGCAACAGGCUCUCUCUUGCUCAGCUCGAUAUGCCGCUGGCCGACACUGAGGACUUUGACGCCAGCAUGUUCUUUGCCGAGGCCGGUCAACGCGCUCCCAACGAGCUGCCAGAAACCUCGGGUCGGCGACGGUGCCCAACUUGUAUCCAGAAGCCGACCACGCCCAUGCUUGCCUCGAAUUCUCCUGUGGAUGCCACGCAGACAUCAGCCCCGGAUUUAACAAAGUCUCCACAUUCUGCUUCCCCACAAAGCAGCGGCAGGCAGAUGUAUGGUGAUAUCUUUGGAUCACUCAUGUCCCCACCAAGCAUGGCGUUGCCAUAUGGACAACAAUAUGCCUCAGUCCAGUGGCCCCGCACAUGCAUCAUCCAGGAUCAAAGCACUGGUGCUGACCAGGGAAAUUACCAAGACAGCAGCGGCGAUAUCGAUGAUGGUGGCUACGAAUAUGGCAAUACCAGCGGGCUUUGCAUCAACAAGUCACUUGGCGGGAUACUAGACAAGCCUCAGAUGGGCGAUGAUGAUGCACGCCCUCAUGCGAUCUUGGUAUUCGAGGAGUGGUCGUCAUUCAUGGAAGGCACUUCUCCACUCCAGGUGGCCACCUUCAACGAGCAGGCAGCCCAUGACACAACCCCCACAAUGGACAAUGGGAAGAUACCUUGUGGCCGUAGCACCGUUGGCACUGCUGGCAAGGAGCAAAGGCACGGAUUUGGCUUCGAUGCAAUCGACGAAAUCGGUGAGAAGCCGGCUGGCAGGCUUGAUGCCAAGCAAUCCCCCAGCCCCAUAGCUGCUGCACGUCUCUCUGCCAAGGCACAGCAAGGAUUGAGCGAGAUGCGCCUGCAGAAAUCCGAGGCCAACCUUCUGGCUUCGCCAGGGAACCAGCGGAUCGGAGUGCGCAAGGGUGGCCUGUUCAAGAGCAGCACUACACAGAGUGCAGCCGAUGAUCCCAAUGCACCAGCCAGAAAGAACGCACCAGCCGCUCUGGGUGGCCAGUUGAGCAUUCGUGCGAAAUUCAGCGAUAUUAACGCUUCGAAGGCGUUUGCUUCGGCAGUCGGUCGUAUCGGCCGUUCGAGGACUACGGCAGGACCGGUAGUCAUUCCGCAGUAUGAGCCUGCUGACCACGCGGAUUCAGAGGUGACCAGGGUUGUAAAGGGCCAGGUUGCACGCAGUGUGAUCCAGCGUGAGAACGAGCGCGAUUCACAGGAGCGCAGAUCCGGAAUCAGGCGUAUGCGUCGUGUCAAGAGCGAGUCCAAGGUGCCCAGCUACUCGGAGUACGACGAUGACUUUAGCCCAAGACAGUCGAUCGAUAUAGAAGCAUCAGGUCUCCCGAGUGUGGCUGGUGCCGGCCACUUUACAGGCAACAAAUUCGUGCCAAAGUCGCCUUUAGGAUACGCAGAGACUGUUGGUGGGCGGCUGGAAAGGAGUGCCUUGGGCAACAGCUCCCAGUGCUCUGUUCGUAGCACUGCAGACGUGAUGGGUGAGUUCAAUGAAAUCCAGAACCGCCUCAAGACCGCAGAGGAGCUGAAGAGAAACGAAAAGAUCAAGCGCGUAUUUGGUAAGGAAGGUGCCGACGACAUGCGGAUCUCUUCCAUCCUCGAGACACGUCAGGAGAUCCCACUUGCGCUGCAGCUCCAAGAGAAGCGCCAGAUGCAGCUUGCCAAGCAGCAGGCCCUGAUGAAGCAAGAGUUGGAGAUCCAGAGGAAGCAGCAGCACGUGGAGCAGCAGCAGCGCGAGCAGCGGGUGCAGCACCAAAGAUUCCUUCAGCAGAGCCUCAGGCCUGCCGCAUCAGCGUGCUCACCAUCCCAAAAGCCUGCACAGCCGAUCGGUGCUUGGCAGUCAUCUGAUGUCCCUACAUAUGGUGGCAGUGAUGCGUAUACUCGCCAAUGGGUUCAGAACCAAGGCCAGUUCAAUGGCGGUGCUCCUCCUCCACCUCCAAUGCCACAGCAGCAGCAGCAGCAGCAGCAGCAGCAGCAGCAGCAGCAGCAGCAGCAGCGCCAAUAUCGCCCUGGAUACGCAUCCUCGGUGCACAGCAUGGGGCCUACGCCGUCUGCCCACCACAACAGCCACCACCGUCUUCACCACCACCACCAGAGCACAGGAAGCUACGCACAUGCGCCACCAGUGCCGCCAAUGCCCCCAGCACACCAAAGGCCGAUAUCAAACAUCGCUGGCUACGUGAACAGCGGAGAGUCUGCAGCGAUCUGGAGCCAGAACCGCUCGGUCACCAGGUCGUUCAGCUUCCACUCCCGUAUUGGCAGCGGCAUGAUUGUCCCCUCGGGCGAGUUCAAUAGGGCUCCUCUCAGCCGUUCCCAGACUGUGCAGUCUCGGCGUACUGCUGGCGGUGCAUUCCGUCCAGGCAAAGCUGCCAUGGCAUCGAGACCCGGCUCACCUGUCUCUGUCCCCUCGUCCGGGUCCUGGCAGAGCAACAUCGAUCACAAUGCCACGCACAAUGCUGGUGAGCCAGCGUACGAGGGCUCGAUGUACACAACAUCGCCCGUGAUGAGCAUAAUGACAGCACCGCGCGGCGGUAGCUCGAGCCACUGUUCUGAUCGCAGACGCCGCACACACUACAACACCGGUGACGUGCCGCCAGUUCCUACACUCCCACCCAAAAUCGUGGCAAUGAACAGUGCUAACCCGACACUGUAUCACCAGUCGCAAGUGUAUCACCAUCCCCCUCAUGCACCGUCGCGUCUGUCGCAACAUUCAAUGGUAGCACCCCCACGGAACACAAUCUCACCGUAUCCACAGCAACAGCAGCAGCAGCAGGCCCCUCCCAACUACUAUCCAGGCUCAAGCUAUGGGGCAAAGAUGGACGAGAAGAACGUUGCUGAGUUGCAGCGCCAGAUGAAGAGGCGUACGGAGAUGACAGCGACCGCGCCUUCGCUGCUCCAGCGCCUCGACAUGGCGCGUAUGACGGGUGUUCUUCCAACGCGUGGGUCUGAGAAGGCUAUGCCAUAUACGUCUGGUGCCUAUCAAAACUAUACCGGUCGCCAAAUGGUCCACAACAACCAAGGGGGUGCUGCUGCCGCCAUGGGAGGCACUGGCUUGUUGGUUGACCGCGUCCAUGAGACCGAAAUUAACCGGAACGCGUUUAUCAGAAAGAUGAGCCACGGGUAUCCAGGAGUCGGCGGCGAGGGCUACGCCCAGCAGGUUUACCACUGA